GCGUGUCCUGAGUCUUAAGACCCGGAAGUGAUGUGCAGUCAUCUGACGGGUGAAAACAACAUCAGCUCCGUGUUUGUCUGAAUCUGACGGAGCCGCUGCUUUGUCCCGGUGUCUCCCGGCGGGGGGAGGACGACAUCUCCCGGUGUUUUGUGGUGAGGGGCGGUGACUCCCGGAGUGAACAAGGCGGAGGGUGAAAUGUGGAUCCAGCCGGAGGAGGUGCUGCUGGCCGGAGCUCUGUGGGUCUCUGAGCGGGCCAACCCGUUCUUCAUCCUGCAGAGGAGGAGGGGGCACGGCCGCGGCGGUGGCCUCUCCGGUCUCCUGGUUGGGACACUGGAUGUGGUUCUGGACUCGAGUGCCAGAGUGGCUCCUUAUAGGAUCCUGCUACAGACCGCAGACUCUCAGAUCUACUGGAACAUUGCUUGUGGCUCAUCCAGGAAGGAGAUCACAGAGCACUGGGACUGGCUGGAGUCCAACCUGCUGCAGACCAUCUCCAUCUUCGACAACGAUGAAGAUGUCACCACCUUCGUCAAAGGGAAGAUCUCUGGCAUCAUCGCAGAGGAGAACCGGCUGAAGAAGGGGGAGGAGCAGGAAGAGGACUGUGGGAAGUUUCGGGAGGCGGAGCUGAAGAUGAGGAGGCUGUUUGGGAUGCCUGAUGAGGAGAAGCUGGUGAAUUAUUACUCCUGUAGCUACUGGAAGGGAAGAGUCCCGCGGCAGGGCUGGCUUUACCUGUCCGUCAACCACCUGUGCUUCUACUCCUUCCUUCUGGGCAAGGAGGUGACUCUGGUGGUGCAGUGGACGGAGGUGACUCAGCUGGAGAAGAACGCCACCCUGGUGUUUCCAGAGAGCAUUCGUGUCAGCACUCGGAACACUGAACAUUUCUUCUCCAUGUUCCUAAACAUCAACGACACCUUCAAGCUGAUGGAGCAGCUCGCUAACAUCGCCAUGCGUCAGCUGCUUGAUAAUGAGGCAUUCGCCGCCGACCGCUCGCUGCCCAAACCCUGCAAGACACUCAAAAACGUCUCUGCACUCAAGAGGGAUCUGGAUGCCCGCGCAAAGAACGAGCGGUACCGCAUGAUGUUUCGGCUGAUGCAGGACGAGCGUCUGGACGGACACACGGACUGCACGCUGUGGACGCCAUUUGCUAAGAUGCACGUGGUCGGACAGCUGUUCAUCUCCAACAACUACAUCUGUUUUAACAGCAGAGAAGAAGACCUGUGUCAGCUCAUCAUACCACUCAGAGAGGUGACCAUCGUGGAGAAGGCGGACAGCAGUAGUGUCCUGCCAUGUCCCGUCUCCAUCAGUACCAAGAACAAAAUGAACUUCCUGUUCGCCAACCUCAAAGACAGAGACUUCCUGGUCCAACGCAUCUCCGACUUCCUACAGCGAACGCCUGACAGCUCGUGGGGGGAUACCAGCCCGCUGUCUCUGAUUGGUCACUCGGCGUCCUCCAGUGCCCCCUCCUCCUCGUCUACAGGAUCUGAGUCCGUCCACAGGGGGCGUCAUUACCACCCUGGGCUGCCCACGGCCAGCCAGGGUCUGCUGCAGCUCUACCACCGAGACGCUCCAGAGGACCUGGGACCCAAAGCCAUGAAGGAGAAAAUGAAGGAAGAGGCAUGGAACAUCCAUUUCUCAGAGUUUGGUCGAGGUGUCUGCAUGUACCGGACCUCCAGAACCAGAGAACUGGUCCUCAAUGGGAUUCCAGAGCGCCUGAGAGGAGAGUUGUGGCUGCUGUUCUCUGGAGCGCAGAACGAGAUGUCAACCCACCCUGGUUACUAUGGCGACUUAGUGGAACAGGCCAUGGGACUGUGCUCAUUGGCUACAGAGGAGAUUGAGCGUGACCUCCAUCGCUCGAUGCCUGAACACAGAGCCUUUCAGAAUGAGACAGGCAUCGCUGCACUGCGCCGCGUCCUCACCGCCUACGCCCACCGCAACCCGGGCAUCGGAUACUGCCAGGCCAUGAACAUCGUCACCUCCGUCCUGCUGCUCUACUGUACGGAGGAAGAAGCCUUCUGGCUGCUGGUGGCGCUGUGUGAGCGGAUGCUGCCUGACUACUACAACACCAGAGUCGUUGGAGCUCUGGUGGAUCAGGGCGUAUUUGAGGAUCUGACCCGGGCCUUCCUCCCCCUGCUGUAUGAACACAUGCAGGAGCUGGGAGUCAUCUCCACCAUCAGCCUCUCUUGGUUCCUAACCCUCUUCCUGUCGGUGAUGCCGUUCGACAGCGCCGUCCUAUUGGUCGACUGCUUCUUCUACGAGGGCAUCAAGGUCAUCUUCCAGGUGGCACUGGCUGUUCUCCAUGACAACAUGGACGCCCUGUUGUCCUGCAGCGACGAGGGAGAAGCUAUGACCAUCCUGGGCAGGUACCUGGAUAAUGUUGUGAAUAAACAGACCGUGGCUCCGCCCAUCCCUCACCUGCACGCCCUGCUGACGAGUGGAGACGACCCUCCACCUGAGAUCGACAUCUUUGACCUCAUCAAGUCGUCCUAUGAGAAGUUCGGUAGCCUGCGCUCUGAUGUCAUUGAGCAGAUGAGGUUCAAACAGAGGUUAAAGGUCAUCCAAUCACUGGAGGACACAGCCAAGAGGAGCGUGGUGAGGGCGAUGAUGACGGAGUCGGCCUUCAGUAUCGAGGAGCUGGAGGAGCUCUACUGUCUCUUUAAGUCCAAACACAUGACCAGCUGUUACUGGGGCUCCAGCAGCUCUGCAGCUGAGCGACACGACCCCAGUCUGCCGUACCUGGAGCAGUACCGCAUUGACCCGGCCCAGUUCACCCAGCUCUUCACCGCCCUCGCCCCCUGGAUCUGUGGAGGCCACACCCCCACUCUGUCAGCCCGCCUCUUCAGACUCCUGGACCAGAACCAGGACGGACUGGUCAACUUCAAAGAGUUCAUCACUGGGCUCAGUGGGAUGUAUCAUGGCGACAUGACGGAGAAACUCAAGCUGUUGUACAAGCUCCACCUCCCACCAGCUCUGUGUCCUGAAGAGGCAGAAUCUGCUCUGGAGGCGACGCACUUCUUCACUGACGACGAAACACAAGAAUCUUCCUUCUUGUCUGAUCUGGACAUUUUGGGGCAGCAGGAAGUGACAUCAGGUGAGGAGGGGAAGGAUGGAGGAGGAGACAGUGAGGAGAAGAAAGAGGAGAAGGUGAAGGACUACAGGUACUACCUGAGAAUGUGGGCCAAAGAGAAGGAGCCCAAGAGAGAGACCAUCAAAGACCUGCCCCGGAUGAACCAGGAGCAGUUCAUCGAGUUGUGUAAGACUCUGUACAACAUGUUCAGUGAGGAGCCUCUGGAGCAGGAGCUCUAUCACUCCAUUGCCACUGUGGCAAGUCUGCUGCUGCGCAUCGGAGAGGUCGGCAAGAAGUUCAACAACGGGACGAAGAAGACUGACACUGCUGCCUCGCAGGCCCUGCCCCCCACCCAGACCCCGGCCUUAAACCCUCAGAGGGAGGAGGGGCCUUGUGAGGGGGGGUCAGAUGAGUCUCAGGUGUGCCGGGCUCUGGCGGACGCCCAGCUGGAGCCGGCAGCUCUGCAGACAUCUGAUGAGGAAACCAAAGAUGACACAUCGGUGUCGUCGUACUCGGUGGUGAGCUCCAGUUCGCUGCAGUGCGAGGACAUUGCUGACGACACCGUGCUGAUUGGCGGUGAGCAGAGGCGGGGCAGCACCCUGGAUGUUGAUUGGUCAAUCACCUUCGAGCAGGUACUGGCGUCGCUGCUGACGGAGCCGCCGCUUGUCGACUACUUUGAGAGGAAGGUGGACAUCCAGAACAAGAUGGCCGCCUGUAAGGCCCAGAGAGCAGUGGAGCGUCAGAUAAGCUCCGCCUCCGACCAUGAACUCACCCAGCACUCAGUAUGACUCAACUGUACCAGUCCACCUGACCAACCUUUACCUGUCUACCUAACUCACCUUUAACUUUCCAUCUAACUCACCUUUACCUGUCCACCUGACUCACCUUUACCUGUAUUUGUUUCAGCUGGGAAGCUCCUUGAGAGCAGAUCCUUGAUUUCAAAUCAGCUGAUUGAUCAAGUGGUUUAUGAUGACGUCACCUCCCGAUUUGAGCGUUCCUGAUUAUCUCACACUCUUGUCAGCAGCAGACACUCUCUGAUUGGCCGGUAUGUCCUUAGACACACAGAGAGGAAACACGUCAUCAGUCUGAUUAUUAUGGUGUGAUGUCACUACUCUGUGAUGUCACGGACCCUUUUCAUUCAGGCUAUUUUGGACUAAACCCCGUUCCAGGACCAGACCAUGGUCCAGAUCCAGGUUUUAUUCUUCAUGUCACACUGACACUGAAAUCGUCCCUGAAGUUUUUGCACUGUUUCCAGAUCAUUGUUAUUAAAUGCUCUCUCUAUUGAUCUGGUAUUGAUUUGGUAUUGAUUUAUAGAUCUUGUGUGUGCAGGUGAGACCUGUAUAAAGUCUCUGCAGGAUCAACCAGUCAGCUGAAAACUAACAAACUAACUGAUGGACAGGUAAACAGGUCAACAGGUAAACAGGUCAACAUGACACUAACACAACUACAGAAGCCCCAAAGUCCAAAAAGGUGAUUUUGUUUUGUUGAACAAAUGUUUUUUCACAAUUUGAAAUUCAGAAUCUUUGAGGUCAUGCGAUCAUGUGACCAUAUGAUCAGCAUGUGAUGAUCAUGUGAUUAUGUGUCUGUGUCAUGGAGUCCUAACAUCUUAUUAUUAAAUGAUCUGACAGUGAACCUCAGAUCCGACUGAAUGAAUUCCGUUGGUGCACCAGGUUUAUCUCGGAACCUGGUCUAAAGAAGUUGGUUUCUGUUGGAAACAGGCAGAACUGAACUGAUAGAUUGAUUUUAAGAAAAUAAAAUGCAAAAUAGGGAAGUCGAAACUUUAUUUAGAGGAAAUAAAAUAAACUUGUUUAAUGUUUAAUGUUUAAAUGUUUUAGUUUCUGUACAGUUCACUUAUAUUAACUGUAUAUUGAUAAAACCACAAGGUCGUAUAAAUGAAAAAAUGUAUGUUUCACCAGGUGAGUUCACACCUGUAGAAUCUUAUUUUGACGUCACUGAAGCCUUGUUUGUUUAUCUGCCUGUGUGAUGACAUCACUCCUGUUUACUUCUUGACCAGUCUGACUUCUUUACUUGACUUGAUGUAAGAGGAUGUUUCUGUGCUUUUAUUCUUCUCUGUAUAUAUAUUCACCAACCUCCUUUUAAAUCUGUCAUAUCGAUCAGUUAUUGAUCUGUAUUCUGUUCUAAUAAAUACUACAGGAAAAAGCUA